CCACAUCACAUCGAGCAGAUCACAACACUGAAAGCAAUUGUGAUUGCUUGAUUUGCAUUUACUUUUGUCAAGCUUCAUUUGCACCGGAGCAUGGCAGCAUUUGACCUACCAUUUAACGAUACCUAUUUAUCCUUUUUGCACGAAACCCGCAACGCAAACAAAGCCGCUUUGAAAGCUCAAUUGGCUGAAGUUACGGAACGUGCUAAACGAUAUCGAUACGACGAAAAUCAAGACGGAAUAUUUGGAACAGAUACUUUGCCAAGUUUAACAAUGUCUAGCAAAGCCGAUCAAAAGACAACUUCUUCGCAAGGGCAAAGUGUGCCAGUGUCUGAUAUUGCAAGCGGCACAAGUGCAUCCGAUAGUGCUGUGCUCACUCAAUAUCCUUCAUCGCUUCUUCGUUUGCUGGUCUUGUUGAGUCCGGCCAUCAAUGUUUCCGCUCGAUUUGUUCAUUUGGCAACUUGGACAGGUGGACCGGGAACAGCUUCGCACAGCUUCAUGCUUGUGUUAGCAUGGUGGGCUAUAUGUUUGUAUGGCUAUGAAACCAUUCGCUAUUGCCCUCAAUUGGCUUUAUUGGUCGUUCUUGGAUUCACCGGGAUUGCAAGAGCAGUCGGUAUCACUCAAGGCAAACCUGCCAAACAAACAUUACAUCCAUCUGCUACAUUGGCAUCUUCAGAUACAUUGAAGAAGACAAUCGAUAAUAUCACCGUCCUUGCCGACUUUGUUUCAACUUUUUAUACUUCUCUCGUUCAACCGAUCAGAGACUUGUUCUUCUGGCAUGAUUCUUCGCGGACAUUUGGUUUGGCCGUUUUCUUGAUUUCGUCCUGGCCAGCAUGGUUGUUGCUCUUCAGCGGCACAUUGGCACAAGUUUGGGAUGUCUUGGGACUGAAUGCAGUUACUCGAUCAUUCUAUGUCAACACUUCGCGAGUGGUUGCAUACACUAGUCCGCAUGUCAGAGCAGUAUUCGGUCCAAUCUUGUCUUCUGCUGUUGUCAAAUUUCCAGGCCUGUUUUCACGCCUAGAUCCAGCAUUAGCUCUACUGUCAAAAACCAAUAGCUAUGCCGAUCGAUACGUUGUGCCUCACGUACAUGCUUCUUUAGCCACUUUGGCUCAUCACAUCCCAAACUCCCUCCAACAAGCUUCUGGUCCAAGGAUUGGCGUCUUUCCAAUUUUGGCACUUCGUGUUCGUCAUUUGCUCUUGGUGGGUGGUACGAUUGGAUUGACAUGGUGUUCGCCUUGGUUAGCAUUGAUCCGUCAUGCUUUAUGGCGAAGUGCUUUGGUACGUAGAUCAACACGUUUGACUUGGUCUAUCUUGAGCGGACAAAUCUUCUUUAGCCAUAGCUCUACUUCACCUUUCCAUCAAGGUGGUCGUUUGACAAUCGGACCUCAUGGUGAGCCCAUCCCUCUGACAGAUGCAGCGUUGACUCAGGCAAACAUUGCAAACGGCAGCAUCGAUGGUAUCAAAAGUGAAAAGGGAGCAGAAAGCAAGACGAAUUCGGAUAAGGUCAGACGUCAUGAAGAUGUUGUUUAUCAAUUCACAAUAUUUGAAAACCAACGUUGGUGGAUGGGUUUGGAUUGGACAGCAGCCUUGUUACCUCAAGAGAGACCAAGUUGGGCAGAUGAGAGUAACAAUCCAGUUUCACCACCUGCUUCUUUCUCUCUACCCCAGACAAAGUCAACGUUGAAGCAUACACCUACGUCCAAAGAUGCAAAUGCGUACACGAAAAGAGUUGUGCGAUGGCAAUGGAUCGAUCCCGAAUGGACAGUAGCAGGCAGAGAUCAAAGGCCAUCUGACGCAACUUCAUCGGCCGGUGCCGGAAAUGGAGCAAAUGCUCGUAGGGCUUCGAUCGCAUCUGCUGCCAGUGCAACGAGUGGCAGAACGGAAGAAGGUCAAAAUGCUAAUGAUUUGAUUUCCGAUUCAACUUGGUUAGACGUUGAUCCUGAAGGAUGGCAAUACGGUGAUAAUGGUUGGGAUAAGAUGAGUAAGAAAUCCGGCCUUGGUCGUUAUACACGUAGGAGGAGAUGGGUUCGUAGAGCUAUUUUGGUGGAAUUGGUUCAAACUGAUUAUCAUCCAACGCCAGAUGAAUUGGCUGGUGUGGAAAUUAGUUGUGGAAAGAAUCAACCUUUUUGGUCAAACGGAAGAAAUGACGAAAAAGUGGAAGAAUUACAACAAAAGAAGACGGGAGAAAAUGUUCGUGAACGAUUAGCAAAAGCAGCAGCAAAUGGAUCUAGUAUUGGUACUGCUCAAAAUACGCAAGCAACUAAAUUGCCAACUUCUACGGAAAGUGAUGCAGAUCCAACUGCUACAACAGCUGAGAAAGAAGAGUGAACAAAAUAAAUGCAAUAUCGAUCAUGUAAUGAAGUGUCUAAUAAUACAAUUCCAAAAAGCUCUAUGUAAGUCCUAGAUCCGUUCUAGCAUUCCAUGGUUUUGUGUCUGCUUUUGUUCCUUUGCGGGAGUGUGCUUUUCCGAUACUUUCAAUCUUGCCAAAGACUCGCAAGAAGUUCCCGCUCACCAAGCCUUUCAAUUCGGCCUGUGUCCAUCCUCUGCUUGCUAAUUCAGACAAUAGGUUUGAAUACUUUGAUACGUCCUCCAGUCCACUGAUCGGUUCUUGAAGGAAUCCAUCAAAGUCUGACCCAAUAGCC